AUGGUAUUUGCUUUGGGACACCAAAAAGGAGACAGGAUAGCGGGUGAUCGCCUAUUGGACAUACCGUGCAAAGUGUGUGGCGAUCGGAGCUCGGGCAAACACUAUGGCAUCUAUAGCUGCGAUGGCUGCUCGGGCUUCUUUAAGCGCAGCAUCCAUCGCAACCGGAUUUACACCUGCAAGGCCACUGGUGACCUCAAGGGACGCUGUCCCGUGGACAAGACCCAUCGGAAUCAGUGUCGCGCCUGCCGUCUGGCCAAAUGCUUUCAAUCGGCCAUGAACAAGGAUGCCGUUCAACACGAGCGUGGUCCUCGGAAACCCAAGCUUCAUCCGCAGUUGCAUCACCAUCAUCAUCACGCGGCGGCUGCAGCAGCCGCUGCCCAUCAUGCCGCUGCACAUCAUCACCAUCAUCAUCAUCACCAUGCCCAUGCCCAUGCGGCUGCAGCGCAUCACGCGGCAGCGGCGGCUGCAGCAGCGGCGGGACUGCACCAUCAUCAUCAUGCCACCGCCGGGGCACACCUGCCCGUGUCGCUGGUGACGAAUGUGUCGGCAUCUUUCAACUACACGCAGCACAUAUCCACGCAUCCGCCGGUCCCACCAGUUCCUCCAACGAAUCCUCAGGGAUUCCAUCAGCAGCAACAGCAACAGCAGGCGGUGGGGGCACCCCCACACCAACAGCAGCCACAUCCUACGGCCUUCCAUCAUCCGGGACACCACUCUCUGGUGCCACAGAAUGGUGGCAGCUCUGGUACGGGCUUCCCCACGCACCUGCUGCAUCACAAUCUGAUUGCGGAGGCGGCCAGCAAACUGCCGGGGAUUACAGCGGCCACGGCCACCGCAGUGGCAGCCGUUGUCUCCUCCACCACCACCGCUGCCGCCGCCUCCCCCUAUGGUCCCUUGCAAGGGGCCACCGUCAACAACUACUCCUCGCCCUCGCCCAGCAACUCGAUUCAAUCGAUCUCCAGCAUUGGCUCGAGGAGCGUGGGCGGCAGCGAAAGUCCACGUGUCAAUGUGGAGACGGAGACACCCUCGCCAUCGGCAUCGCCUCCUUUGAGUGCGGGUAGCAUUUCCCCUGCUCCGACGCUGACGGACUCUCAGGGCUCGCCACAGCAUCAUCCCCCACGACAGACAUCGCAGCAUAGUUUGAGUGGCGCCACAACGCCACCGAGUCAUGCGUCUCUGCUGAUGCACAGCAUCCACAAUAAUCACCAUCAUCAUCAGGGGAGCAGUAGCCUGAAUGGCGAGCAAAAACUAUCUAGUUUUACAUCGGGUUCUCCCACACCCACGACACCCACGCCGCCACCACAUCCUGCGCAUCCGCCAACGAUUGGGCUGCGUCCUUGCCACCCAUCGGCGGCCUCUGCUGCCGCUUCGAACGGCUUCCUGGAACUGCUCCUGAGCCCCGACAAGUGCCAGGAGCUCAUCCAGUAUCAAGUGCAGCAUAAUACGCUGCUGUUUCCACCGCCACUGCCACAGCAACUCCUGGAUUCGCGUCUGCUCUCCUGGGAAAUGCUGCAGGAGACGACGGCCCGCCUGCUGUUCAUGGCCGUUCGAUGGGUCAAGUGCCUGAUGCCCUUCCAGACGCUUUCCAAGAAUGAUCAGCAUCUGCUACUGCAGGAAUCCUGGAAAGAGCUUUUCCUCUUGAAUCUCGCUCAAUGGACCAUUCCCUUGGACCUCACACCUAUACUGGAGUCUCCUUUGAUCAAAGAGCGCGUCCUGCAGGACGAAGCCACCCAAACGGAGAUGAAAACCAUUCAGGAGAUCCUCUGCCGCUUCCGCCAGAUCACCCCCGAUGGCAGCGAAGUGGGUUGCAUGAAGGCCAUCGCUCUGUUUGCCCCCGAAACGGCAGGCCUCUGCGACGUGCAGCCCGUGGAAAUGCUGCAGGAUCAGGCCCAGUGCAUCCUCUCCGAUCAUGUGAGGCUCCGCUACUCGCGGCAGGCCACACGCUUUGGCCGGCUCCUGCUGCUGCUGCCCUCGCUAAGGACCAUCAGGGCCUCGACCAUCGAGGCACUGUUCUUCAAGGAAACGAUCGGAAAUGUCCCUAUAGCACGCCUCCUGCGGGAUAUGUACACCAUGGAGCCCGCCCAAGUGGUGCACGAAAAGUGAGGGGUUCAAGUCGUUGUGAUGCCGCCCUAUCAAAAAAUGUAACCAAAAUCGAUUUUCGGGGGCAACAAUUUUUCCCGUCACUUGCAAAAAUAUUUCUACUCUCAAAAAAAAAAGGGAAACGGCAAGUGAAAUGCAAGAGAAAAUGGUGGAAAAAUUGUGUGUGGCAAAAAAAAUUAUACUAACUCGUCGACUCCUCCGUUGCAAGCAGCUGUGACAUUUCACAGGACGAGAGGAGCCACAAGGACCAUGUAAUAGAAAUAUAUAUACAUACAUAUAUAUACGAUAGGUACAUGCCACGCCCCCUCUCCCGCUAUCUGCAACAUCCAUUUGCGCGGAUGUCCACGCCUCCAGCUGCCAUUUCUCCUACCAUUUUCUAGGUUGAUUUAUAGCUACGCGAAAAUUUUCAGCUUUUCUUUUGCUUUCAUUUCUAACGCUUUUUCCGUUGGCAUUUUUAUUCCUAAUAUUUUUAUUUUAUUUCCAUCUUUUUCGGCCAUCGUUUUGGUCUCUUUUUGGAGUCCCUCUGUGUGACAUGGUCUUUAUUUAUCUUUCAUUCGACGUUUUGUCGUUGGUUUUCUAAAAAUUUCUCAUGUUAUUUCAACCUGGCAGAAAGGACCAGGGACCAGGGACCAGGAAUUCCUGCCAUUCGUCCUACCAUUCGUUUCCUUCUUACUCACUCCGCAGCUCCUUCUGCUCCACCUCCAGCUUCUUCUUCUUCUACUUUGUGGCAAAUGUUUUUACCUUUUUCGCGUUUUGGCUUUGGAAUACAUAUACUCUUUGAAAAAAGAGUAAUGGAUACUUUGUUAUGCCUUUUGGCUGAAGUCAAGGGAAUGAAGGAUCGAUCCCUGAAGGGGAAUGCUAUUAAUGUUAACUGAUUUAUAAUUAAAACUAGAAUUUCUGUAUAAUAAGUGUAACAAUUAUAACUAUAGAAUAUC